UGCCGUGUUGGACAGAAGUGUUGUGGUUUGAUCAUGACUUGGCCACCUGUUGUCUCCGUUACUCCCGGGGAGAUUCCAUCGACUUGUUUGGGGUCAGGGUGGACACCAUGUGCAUCAAGAGGAAUGUCAAAACCGCCCAUCUCUGUGAUGACUUCCUCUUUGCAUUCCUAUAAAAGCCACUUGCGACCGCUUGGAGGUUCCAAACAGAUUACCAAGACUUUGAUCUCAUCGCACAAUAAAAACUAUGAGUACUGCGGUCCUACAAAACCGGCCUUUCAACCGGGCCGUCAGAAAGAUCAAGGUGGCUUCCAUGGUAAACAGCCUCGCCAAAAGCUGGCAAACCUGGGCCAACGACCACACCGGAAAGCAAGACACCAUCCCGAGCGGCUGGAUGCCCGACACCAUCAUUGAGGACGAGAAAGAGAAGCAGAAAGAGAAGAAUGAGAUGAAACUUUUGGUCGCGCCCCGUGUGGUAACGGUGGACGGCGGUGACAGGGAAGACAACAAGAUCAAGACGGGAAGCGUGACUAAAGCAAUCACGCAGAAUGUGAACGAAUGUGGAAAGGAUGUAGUGAGCACCAUCAAGGAGAAGAUCAACACCAAUAAGUUGACGUCAGAGGACACCAAAAACUUUCUAGGGAAUGAGUCUCCAACCAGGAGAAGGUACUGCGGUGGGAAAUCGACGCUGUCGAAGGUGAUGGAACAGAAGGAGGGGAAGAAAAUGGGAUCUAGAAGCAGCAGUUUGGAUACAGAGGACAGUGGUCUCGGGGAGGAAGCGUCGCUGAGCGAUAAUAGCGAUCAACAUGAGAAUGAACCAAAGAAACACAUCAGCAGACCCAAGAUUAAAGUGACCACAACAAAUGACCUGAGAAGCAGAUGGCAACAGUUUGCCAAAAACCACAUCGAAGGUCAAAAGCUCAACCCCUUCAGCGAAGAGUUCGACCACGAUCACGCCAUGUCGCUUCGACUCCAGAAGGGCGACGCUGGAUACGGACGGCCCAAAGAAGGAUCGAAAACCGCCCAACGUGCCGACCGAGCCCAGAAGCACAUCUAUCGUGAGAUGGAGGAGAUGUGCUUUAUCAUACGUGACAUGAACCAACAAGAUAAAGAAGGUCGCAUAUACAUGACCUUCGGCCGUCUGUUCGACCGUUACGUUAAAAUCUCAGAUAAAGUUGUGGGAAUUUUGUUGCGUUGCCGCAAACACAAGAUGGUGGACUUUGAGGGUGAGAUGCUGUGGAAGGGUCAGGAUGAUGAUGUCAUCAUCACUCUGUUGAUUUAAUGUUUAUUUAUUUUUUUGAAUUACGAUAUGAGAUGACAACUCAAAACGACUCAUGACAACUUGUUUUAUAUUUAUAUUAUAUUUGUUUUACAUGUUACAAAAAGCUUUGUUGUUUAUAAUAAAACACUAGGAAUAUCGGCAUAACGAAUAAUGACAAUAUUUCAAUUUUUCAAAAAAACUUUACCAUUGGUUGAUGCAAAAAAAACAGAGGACAUUUUUUGAUUGAUCUUUUCCGAAUUACAACUUGUAAAUAUGAGUUGGAAAAAGACGUGAUAAAAAAACAUUGGUGACAAUAAUUCUGAAGUGAAUACAUUGGAUUCAAAGUCUCGACAUUUAAAAUAGCCAGAGCUGAAAUGUUAUUUAUAAAUUCUUUGGAAGGAUGAAACCGUACACUCUUAAGACCGUCCCAGAAAACUCUCAGACAUACACAUCUGAUCUUCUGUGUCCUUUCUGGCGCAUGACUUAUUUCGAAAGUGGCGUCAGAAUUCAGUUUUGGUGGUGAGAAGCUUUACAUUCGAGAUGGAGAAUGAGUGACUCCUUGCUCACAGUUUACACAAGACGUUAGAGCUUCUCAUGUUUGUCUCUUCACACGUCAAAUAUCAGGCGUCCUCAGAAUGCCAAUGAUGUCCAGGAUCAAUCUCACAUUACUUGUAAUUCUUUCAUCUGUAUUACAUUUCAGAAUCUUUAACACUUAGAUUAAGAGCCAAAGGAUCUUUCCUGACGUUCUCAAACUUGUGUCUUGUAUUUUUUGUUUUGUUUGAUUUUAUGACCUCUUUCAAAAUGAAAGCAUGAUAGUCUUCUUACAGAAGGAUUUGUUUAUAAAUAUUUGAAGAUAUUUGAUCAUAUUGUGAAAAAAACGAAUUUAUUGUUAUGAUUUGGAAAUUAUUCUUUCUGUUUUAAUUUAAAUAAAACCGUGAAAAAUAACAUUGACUUUCAUGCUAUGUUCUUUUUUUCUAUAAUUUGACAAUUAAGUUUGAUUUGUUUUUUAAAACCUGGUUAUUUGUGCACACAAAAAGUAUAAUUGUUUGAAUACAUCUGAAUUUGGGUAAGUUUAGAAAUAAUCAUAUGAACAUUUCAUAGACUUGAGCUCAGUUUGUGACAUUGUUGAGAUCUCUUCUGAAACUGUAAUGGAGACAUUUGUGAGAUUUCUGGCACUUUUUGUCAAGAGACAUAUCUGCGACGCAGGAGAUUUCAGCAAAAGCUUCCAUCUGCUCUCUAUUUAUUCUGUCCAGGAGAAAUAACUGAGAUUUUAAAGAGAUCUCAUCUGUGACUGUUAUAUUUUAGGUCACCACAUAAUGUUUAUUGUAACAUCUGGGAAUGCUGUUUUUACAAAGCAAUGGCAACAUAUACUAUAAUCCCCCAAAUAUAUUUUGAUUUUCAAAUAAAAAAUAUUUGAUCUUUUUAUCCUUAAAGUAGCACUUAAAAAUUGAUUUCCUCCACACACAAAGUCCUGAGUGAAACAGACAGGAUAACUCUUACUCGGAAAAAAGAGUGUUCACAGAUCUGUGAUGGUGUACAGCUAAAUCUUUGCUUUUGGGAGCUCAGAUGGAAGCAACGCUGUGUUUUGUAAAUCAGAGUGAGCUAUUUUAUUCUGUAUAACCAUUUUCAACAGAGUAUCAACACACCAAAUUGUGCAUUAAUCAAUAGUGACGUUAUCUGUUUUAUUAUUUAAUUUUACAUUUAAUGAAGAGUAAUAAUGGAUUAAACAAGUUCCACAAAAGAAAAAUAUCACAGCUUCCAAUUUAAGAAUAUGUCGAUCAUUUUGCCCUCAACAAGUAUAGCUGAUAUGGUAAAUGGUACAAAUCCGUGUGAGGAUGAAUAAAAAAUUCAGGAAGGAAAUUAAAAACAAGAAAACAUACAGUACACAUAAAACAGAAUUACAUUCUUGCACGUCUCCUUUGCAAUACAAUUGGGAUAUUAAGACCUCUGGUUUACAAGUGAUUAAGGCGUCACGAAAACAAUUCCUAUAGGAAUAUGAAUAUAUUCAUUUAACAUGAAAAGAAAUGAUUAUAGAAUUUUUUCAACAUUUGUAGUGGAAAUGGGCAAGUUUUGAAGAACAAGUAUACAAUCCUGAUUUCGCAAUAUCUUGAUACUAAACCAAAGUAUUAAAGCCUAAAUACAGGCAUCCUGACUGGCCUUUUACUCUUACUACCGUAGAUUUUGCCCACUACUGUAUACCCAAGUCUUUACAAUAAACAGACCAAUAACAUGACUCGUAUUGUAUUUUCAGACAGUUACUGACAUUUUACUUAUAAGAUGAAACGUGAAACGUAUAACCAAUGAAAUUGUUCUAUCCUAAAGUGAUGCGUCAUACUCAACAGGCUAAUCUACAAUAGUUUCUGAGCGACUUUGAAUGUUUUUCCAGAUCGUUCACUUGUAUAAGCCCAUCACAACUAUGAGACACACAAUUUUUGGCACUAAAUUCUGAAAAAUCCUUAUGUUUAGAAUCUGAUAUUUUUCGACUGAUUUGUUUCAAACCAAGUAUUUACUGUAUUGCUACAUGGAUGCAGAAGUUACUCAUUUAAAUGCAAAUCUGGCUUUACUCCCUUAACACACAACAUGAGCGAGAAAAACGUAGUUAUUGCUUUAAAGACAAUAAA